CAGUCAACAGCUUUUUUUACCCCGAGCAUCAUCUGGUUUUCCUGAGGAACGGCAGAGGAGGUAGAGGAGAAGCGAUUUGAUUUAAAUUUUCUUUACACGCCCCUGACCUUUGGUCUAGUCUCUUCUGCCUGUGCAGAGCAGUUAGGAUUUUUUUGUGCGCAGGCGACAUAAGUGACACGAGUUUACCCGGCCAGUGCUGCCCAUUCCUCCUGUUACCCCUUCCCUCCUGGUGAAGUGGCUGAAUCUCACCAGCAGAGCUGUCAGCUGGUUCCUCCGUGGCUCCUGGACAGUUCUCAGUGUCAGCACCUGGCUCCCAUUUGCACCAGUCAUCAGAACCAAUGGAGGACUUCUGGACCCUUCGGCCCUUUUAUGUGGCAAGACACAGUCGAAGUGGCUGGAGAUGGGACUAGGCGCAGUGGAUGACCAGAACGUCUUCUGUGUCUUGUCCUGCUCUACACAUUCCACGACGCUUGCAGAGACCGCCUUCUUGACCGUUGGACCUUCCAUUGGUCUCGUCCGCUCAAUCCGCCGGAGUCUGUCGUCACAUGCUGGGAUAGACAACUCCCUAUCUCACCGAGGGUUUGAGACCCGUCGGCAACCCUCACCUGGUUUAGCCGGCUUGUCGAAGCCGUUGCCCGGGGUGUGGCCGCUAUCGCAUGCAAACAGCUACGGGGAGCCACAGACUCGGCAAUACAAGUGAACUCCACGUCGAUGAGCUCAGCAUCCCCACAUUCAACAGUGAACUCAGUAGUUGGUCACCAGUCAAUGAUCGGAUCUUCAAUAAAUGCUUCGCGCCCCCUCACCUCCCCCUUGGGAAGCUUGGCCUCUCCAGUCAAUGGACUGGGCUCUCCAUACCCCGUUAUCACAUCGUCAAUCGGCUCUCCCUCUGUGUCCUUGCCAUCCACACCGGCCGUUGGCUACGGAGCACUCAACAGUCCCCAGAUUAAUGCAGUGAACAAUGUCAGCAGCACAGAGGAUAUUAAGCCACCUCCUGGCUUGACUGGACAUGGAAAUUUGAAUUCCUACAGCCCCAACUCAAUGGCCAAGCACAUCUGCGCAAUAUGUGGAGACAGAUCGUCAGGAAAACACUAUGGAGUGUACAGCUGUGAGGGGUGCAAAGGCUUCUUUAAACGGACCGUACGCAAAGACCUCACCUACACGUGCCGGGACACCAAGGACUGUAUAAUUGACAAGCGCCAACGUAACCGCUGCCAGUACUGCCGCUACCAGAAAUGCCUGGCCACUGGCAUGAAGAGGGAAGCUGUGCAGGAGGAGCGUCAGCGGGGUAAGGAGAAAAGUGACAAUGAGUUAGAGCCCAGCAGCAGUGUUAAUGAUGACAUGCCGGUAGAGAAGAUUCUAGAAGCAGAGCUGGCCGUGGAGCCCAAGACGGAGACGUACGUGGAGGCCAGUUCAGGAAAUUCGUCCAAUGACCCAGUCACCAAUAUUUGUCAAGCGGCAGACAAGCAGCUCUUCACGCUGGUGGAAUGGGCCAAGAGGAUUCCUCACUUCUCCGACCUCCCUCUCGACGAUCAAGUCAUUCUACUUCGGGCAGGCUGGAAUGAGCUGCUCAUUGCCUCUUUCUCACAUCGCUCUAUCUCUGUGAAGGACGGAAUUCUACUGGCCACAGGGCUGCACGUCCACCGCAGCAGUGCCCACAGCGCUGGCGUCGGCUCCAUCUUUGACAGGGUUCUGACUGAAUUGGUUUCUAAGAUGAAAGACAUGCAGAUGGACAAGACAGAGCUGGGUUGCCUUAGAGCCAUCGUUCUCUUCAAUCCAGAUGCUAAAGGCUUAUCAAACCCUGGAGAGGUGGAAUCUUUGAGGGAGAAGGUAUACGCAUCACUAGAGGCUUAUACAAAGCACAAGUACCCAGAGCAGCCAGGCAGGUUUGCCAAGCUGCUCCUCCGACUGCCGGCCCUCCGCUCGAUUGGACUCAAGUGCCUUGAGCACCUGUUCUUCUUCAAGCUGAUUGGUGACACCCCUAUUGACACCUUCCUGAUGGAGAUGUUGGAGGCUCCUCAUCAAAUGACGUGAAGCCAUUCCCUGCCUUUCCCUUAAAUGUCAAUCUGUAAAUAUUUUCACUAAUUGUAUGAAUAGAACCAAGAUAAUGCCAACCGUCUAACUUGUAAAACAACACGUAUUUUGUACCUUGAACAAGCACAGUGUAGCAAUUAUUUGAUAGUUUGUUACAGGGAUUUUAAAAGAAAAAAAACUUAUUGGAAGAAUUUUAGAUUAAAAUUCUAUUUAGAGAAGACUAAAUCAGGUUUACAAAUCGGUACCUCUCACAUUUCUGUCACAAUUUGUAGCCCCACUGCCUGUGAAAGGGGCAAUUCACUGAGUUUACGUAGCUCUGGGCCCCAUUUAGAAUCGGCACCAGCAGUACACCUUCCACCACUGUGAUCUGUGGAUGGUGUAACCUCCCUCCCUACACACACAGCAUUCAGAAUCCACCCACUUGCUAAAAACUGAAGCCUCUCCUUUGUGCCUCUUUAGACAUCUAUCCUACCUUCCCCACCCCCGUACCACCACCACCAUUCAUCCACUGAGCUUCAGGCACAGGUGGUUGUCAAAGCUGACGGGUCACAUUCUACCUGCCAUGGCAAUGUACUGUUUCAGAAGCAGCUGCUGCUACUUUCAGAUUGAGGAUCAAUAUUUUGAGUUUUUGUUUAAUUAUUAAAGCCACUGUAAUCUUUGGUAUGUUUGAUUGUUGCGUGCCCUCUGCACCUUAGCACUGAGGGCAGAGAAUGCAGUCAGGUGGGGUGAGCAGUAAGCAGCAGGGCAGAGGAAGCUCCAACAAGAUGUUUCCAUCUGUCAGAGAGGGCCAGUGAGGCAACAAAUCAUACAAAGGGCAUCAUGAAAGGAUGUAAGUGGGAAAGGGUAAGGGAUUGAAACUGAAAUAAGCAGUGCACACACCCAUUCUUGGCACACAGGUGUUGAUGGCAAGCCCGCCUUCUUUUGCCCAUUGUUCAUUGCCCUGCAAUAUCACUCAUCUUUUCACUUCACUAGGGAGCUAAGAGUCAUCCAAAUAUGGGUCUGCAGUCACCUUAGUGUGAAAAGGCUGCAGCAGGUUGUUAGUGACAAUCCAGCACUCUGCUCAGACUAGCAACUCCUGUUGUUAGUUCCUUCUCAGUUAAAUUCAGUCUCUGAAGCUGCUUCUGUGAGAUUGAACACAUCUUUCCUGGUUUAUUGAACAUAAAUAGUGGUGAAGAAACCAGUUGCCAACUCAAUGACAUCUCCCAAAUGCAUAGAAUGAUCACAUUCUGAGGUCACAGCUUCACAAUGUUUGGAGUGAUAUUUCAGACUACAAGGGCUCAUUGUGUUUGUGUGGGAUCAACAGGCACCCAUUUUAGUGCCUAUCCUCACUCAACACUCUGGAAGGUGCUACCCAAAGUUUACUGGCAACCAAUUCCUUAACAUCAGCUUCCAUUGAUCUCCAGUGGACCUCAGACAAGAAUGUUUGAACCUGAUGUCUCUGGCUUCCCUCACCACUCCACAUAUGCCUGAACUAUCAUUUUACUUCACAUCCCACCCUCUUCAAACCUUCCUUUAAAUCCAUUGCUUUGGCCAGGAUUUUCUUCACUCUCUCCAAACCAAUUGGCUUUAAUUCCAUUUCCCUUACCCCUGCCGAAGGGUCAUAAAAUCACUGUACCUCGGAGGCCUUUUAGUCCAUUGAAUCAGUAGCAACUCUUUAACCAACCAACCAGUCCCACUUUCCUACUGUUAAUUUUCCCAAGUGUGUAUCUUGUUCCCUCACAAAAGUCCUAAAUGACAGUUCCCACCCAGCAUCGUCUGCAUCAUGGCCAUUCUCGCAUCCACUUCUCAUCCUUUGCCCAUGUAACAUAUUCCAACAGGUGCUGAGGAUGGUGGGGUUCGUGUGGUCUGUAAGUCCCUACUGGGUGUUGCGAUAUCUUGCUUGACUCCCCAAUCUUUCACAUGUUAUAACGGGAAGGGGGGUACAUGGGCAAGGAGGCAGCCAAUUUCCUCAUUUCUCCUACUGCCCACGUGUGUAGUCCCAGGUAGACUCAAUCAGUGCUGAGUGGGACAGCUGGUGGAGCUGCUGCCUCACAGCAUCAGAGACCUCUGGUGCCAUCUGUAUGUAGUUUGCACUUCCUCCUGUGACUGUGCGUGUUUCCUCCCACUUCCCAGAGUCAUGUGGGUCUCUAGGUUAAUUGGCCACUCAUGUGACAAUGGGCUGGUAGAACCAGUGUAAGGGGAGUUGCUUGGAAUGCAGGAGGUUAGAUUAUAGGAAAAUUGAGUGAAGGAUCAGGACUGAUGGGAUUGUGAGUUGGCAGAAUGGGUCGAAUGAUCUUCUACAAAGUAGGAAAAUGUGGAAUAAAGGACACAAGCACUAAGAACACAUAGUGGCCCUCACUCUGCACUGAUCUCUAAUGAAAAACUGGAAAACUUGGUGGACACUGGAGGGGCAAAGAGAUACACUGAAAGCCAAUGUACGGGCAGAAAAAUCUAAUGAGCAGUUGGCAUUUAUCUCAAGCUCAUAUACAGAGAAGGUCCAUUGGUCAGAUCUUAUCAGGAAUGUUACGUUCUGGCAAACAGCCUUCAGCCCACAAUGUCCAUGUCAGCCACCAGUUAUCUAAUUCAGUAUCUAACAUCAGCCCACAAGCUUUGUACUGCAACAUUUCAGGUGUUCAUCCAGAUUCUUCUUCAACAUUCUGUCACUUCUUGCUUCCAAUAGCCCCUCUGGGCAAGGUAGGUUGGAAAGGUAUGAGCUACAAUAAAGGCAGGACUUCAAAAGUGGAUUCCUUAACCUUCGGUUGUAUUCAUCUGAGCAUGGAUAUUGGAGGGAUGAUCUCACUGAGGUGUUUACAGUGUGGUAGAUUCUGAAAGUCGAUUAAUUCUAUGGGGGUCUUAAAACAGGGAGGUGGAUGGAGAUGAAAGUGGGACCCAAUAGUUAAUUGAGGUUCAAGAAACCUGACUAAAUACUUUAUUCUUCCAUACCUUCCACAGUAAACUGGGAAUUGGCUGGAAAUUUAUGUUGGGUGUACCCACCCAAAGGAUAUGAGGCAGGGAAAUGAAGACGGUGCAGAUCAGAGGUGAUCUCACAGUGGGGCACUGCAGCAUUAGGGACAGAGCUGUUUUUGGACACUGGGGUGUAGGCUUUACAACAAUGAAUUUUAACACUGGAGCAAUCCAAGAUAUUGCACGACACUGUUAACAAAGUAACAGAUCCUUGAUUGAAGGGAGGUUUUCUUGGAGUGGCUAGUGAUUCCACUUUUGCCUUGCCCCUUAUCUGUAACUCAGGCUCACAAGUCCCAUUUCCCCCAUGUUUAAAGUAAGUCUCAGUGGGUCAGAAAGGGUGUGGGGUGGGGCGAGGAAGGGGGAAGUCAAGUAUGUCAAGCUUGUGCAGUGUUGCUGUUCCAAGAACUCCAGUUCAAUUCAGGCAUCUCAACCGUGUCAGCCAUUCAUUAUUAAACAGCACAGCUCCCAAACCCCCACAUCCCACCACACACUAUCCAUGCACUACAGCAGGACCUCAGGGUCAUUCCACAUCUAUGCCUGACUGCUAUUUUUGGUAAUUGUUGUGCCUGUAUAUUUUAUAUAUAAUACAUAUAGCAUCUAGUUUAUUAUUCAUAUGGAAAAGUCAUCUCAAAAAGAACCCAGUGCACCAUAUCUAGGGUGACAUACAUCUUUGAGUCUGAAGUCUAUAUCACUACUUUGCUCAUUUUAUCUACGUACAACAUCUUUAUUUGUAAGCAUCAAACCCACAGGCAGUAAUAGAAAUUGAGUUAAUUGACAGAGAAAUAAACUAUGCACUAUAUACAUGUGUGUAUGUCUACACCCAUUGUAUGCAUAUACAUACAUAUACUGUAUACCUGCUUUGUUUAUAUAUUAUAAGGAAAGAAAUUACUUGGCUGUGAUUAGAAGCUACUCUGAAUUCCAGAGCAGGGAAGAAGAGUCUUCAUUCAAUGCCUGCCUUUGGGUCCCAACCUGUAUUUUGUUUGAUGUAUUAAUAUCUGUAUUAAGCACAGCUUUUAAAGGAAAGGGCAGCAAAUGCAAAGAUUUGACACCCGUUCCCCUUCUGCCUGAACAAAUGGUUAUAUUUUUGUACUAUACAAAUUGGAAGAUAAUGAGCCACUUGUUGCAAAUUAGAUCCUGAUCAGUCAGCAGGCACCAGGUAUGACAUGAAGCUUUCUGUCACUAAAUGUCUCUUUGGAAGAGUGUGUUCUGUACCUGUCCGUCUGUUCUGUGAACUACUCUACAGCAUAUCUCCAGCUUUGCUAUAUACACCCUCUUUUAGCAACAAGGAUUUAACCCUUUCAUCUGUAAUGUUUGUUUUGUAAAUACACUGUUUAAAUAUUGCCUUUUUGUUUGUGUAAUUGCAAAGACAGUUAUGAUCACUGACAUUCAAGUUGUUGUAAGUUUAUUACUUUUACAGAGUAAAGAGUAGAACAAAUGUACACCAAUACUCUUUAUUCAGGCCAAGGACUAAACCGUGUGACUGCAGAGCAGUAGGCUAUUCAAGUGUAGAAACUUACAUUAAUACGACAUUCUUAUUCAUUAAUAGCCUAAGGUGUUUCAGAGACUUAUUAAACUGAAUUUGACAAGUACUGAUACUCAGGAAAAUAGACUACCUUGACUAUGAGCGGUGACCUCAUUGAAACCUAUCAAAUGUUGAAAGGCCUCAAAGGCCUGGAUGUGAAGAAGAUGUUUCCUAUGGUGGGGGAGUUUAAGAUCAGACGACACAGCCUCAGAAUGGAGGGGCGUCCAUUUAGAAUAGAGAUGAGCAGGAAUUUGUUUAGCCAGACGAUGGUGAAUCUGUGGAAUUCAUUGCCACAGGCAGCUGUGGAGACCAAGUUAUUAGGUGUAUUUAAGGCAGAGGUUGGUAGAUUCUUAAUUAAUCAUGGCAUGAAGGGUAUGGGGAGAAAGCAAGGAAUUGGGGCUGAGAAGGAAAAUGGAUCAGUGGAGCAAACUCGAUGGGUCAAAUGGCCUAAUUCUGCUCCUAUAUCUUAUGGUCUUAUAAGUUGGUCAGACACAGAGGUUCUAAAAGAGAAAGACUGAGGCAGAAAUUUAAGGAAGAGAUCCAGGCUGGCAGCCCAGGGGCAAAGUAAUCAUAACAAUGGUUGAAACGGAGGAUAGGAAAAAGGUAAGAAUUGGCGUGAUGUAAAGACCUUUAAAGGUUGUAGGACUGAAGAUCAAAGUGGAAAGGAGUGAGGAACUGCUUUGUCCUCUGCCUCAGUGAGAACUGGCAAGCAAGGAUGCACUAUUGUGCACAUAAGGAAUCAGGAAAUAUUGGGAUAUCUGGAGUAAAAUGCACACUGGACUCAGUUCUAAGUUAUUUAUUCUCUUUGUAUCAUUAUCAGCAAAUCCAUUCAAGGCAAAAUCCUUCCCCAUCAGGAAGGGAGGUAUUGUUAAAAGUUGCAGUUCCACAUCAGCGGGCUACCUCUGACUCGUCUUGGGCUACCAUCCCAGAGGGGAAGCACAACUGGCUGAGUCCUCACAACCACAAUAAACUGAAGAAAAUAUCACCUCAGAGUCACAAAAGUGAAUUGUUCUCACUGCAUUUGAGCUGAUUUCCUCUGAGGCUUGGAGGGUGAAGUGAAGACCCAGUUUACAAACAGAUUAACACAUCUGCACAACUUCAUCACCUCAAUGUGAUUGAACAGGGAAGAUUUAAGCAUUCCUUGCUCAUCGCUGUCUAACUAUAAAGUACUUUCGAAGAAAAGGAGGAGAGAUACCAAGACCAGCUCUUACACUGCUGGAUCCCACACCCUGCAAUGAACAAGGCCCAUUGGGGUUCAGUCUGGAUAAGUGUAAGGUGUUGCAUUUUCAGAGAUCAAAGGUAAAGGGAAAGUAAACAGCAGGACCCUUAAAAGUGCUGAUGAACAGAAGGAUCUGGGGUUUAUCUGUAGCUCCAUUAAUGUCCUGCACAAGUUGAUAGGCUGAUGAAGGUGGUAUAUAGCAUGCUUGCUUUUAUUAGUCAAUACAUUGAGUACAAAGGUGGACGUUAUGUUGCUACUUUAUAACAUCCUGGAAUAUUGUAUCAAUUCUGGUCACCA